UGGCGCCGGUUCGUUUGGCAACACUGGCGUUCGUGUGUUUUUGUACGAAGCAAUUCAUUUGAAUGAAAAUCUUGCACGAGUUAAGUACGUCAAGUCAAGUGGAGAACAUUUUAUUAUUUGUGCUGUAGCACCAGCAUGUAGCUCGGAGCCGAUGGUCGAUUCGAUAGUGAAAUUACGCGGUAUGUACUGAGAAGCAUGCAGCCGAUCCACGCGGCCGGAUUUCGCCCCAGCGAGUCACCGUAUACUCCGAACCUUUGGAGUGGGCCGUUCAGCCUUCCGCAAGCUACCAAUCAUGAUGUCCCGCCACUACCACAGACCCGAACACUGCCGCCUUUGGAGCCAUCUCCAAUGGCAGACUAUUUGCACCCAAGCUCUGCAUUCGCCGAACCUUCAGCCACACCAAUCGCGUCCCCAGCGAUGCAGUUUGCCCCAUUCGAAGAACCUUUGGAGCAGAGUUUUCCUUUAAACAUUCCUACAUCGGCUUCUAGUUUUUCCGAUCUAAGCUGCUUCUCAGAACCAGCCGCCAAUGGGUUGGAGCAAUCUACGUCGAUGGUUCCCGCGCUACAGAGAAACCAUGAAGUGGUUCCAAAUACCGGAAUGGCAGAGGAGGUGGUGGUAAAAGAUGGUCAGGUUUACCACAUACGUUUCAUCGAUGAACCAGCCGAUGUGCCAACUUCCACUUCAGCGGUGCUUGCCACGGGUCCGUUGCCAUCAUCGUCCGCCGACUGUUGCCAAGAGCCUUCAGUGAGCGACGAUCAGUUUCUGGGAACCUCGGAGUAUAUUCCCAACGGUGAACCGCCAUCGUUGUCGCGCGAUUGGAUCAACUACGAUGAGCUACCCUUGCUGAAACCGGCGCAGGCCGCAGUGUCAAGCGCAACCCACUCGGGCAAGAAACCGGACUCUCCCGCUGUGCCAUACGAUUGCGAGCUGUGCCGCAUUUUGCUGAUCUCAGCAGAAACGAUCGAGCGGCACAAGAGCGCCAGUGUACCAGUAUCGCGUCAGCAAUCGUUCAAUCGAACAACAGCCCCUCAAUCGGCCAGCGUCGAUGUUUGUAGUGAUUUUAGCAACUACUGUGUGGAGUGUGCCGAAUUUUUUUCUUCGGCCGAUCGGUUGGAUGAACAUAUGGAAGCAAAACAUCGAUUGAUUGGGGAUUCGUGCCAUGGGCCGUCGAUGUGUGGUGACGAAACCUAUGCCAACCAUGUGACGUAGUAAGUAAGCCUUCGUUUGUAUGAUAACGGGAUGCAAGGGAUAAGCAAAAGAAAGUGUUGGAAUGUUGUUGAGCGUGAACUGUUGAGAAUAUUGGUUAUUAUUUCUUGAAAACUGUAAUGUAAAUACUCUGAUGAAUACGAAAAAGCUCACUUCUCAUGCGGCAUUAACAG